CUUGCUUGGAUUGGUUAUUAUUACUUAAUGUAAGCGCGUUAUCAAAAUCGCACACGUAAAAACGCUUGUAUAAAAGAGAGUUUUUAUUUCAUGAUUUGGCGGAACAAAAAUAAAUAAAUUUGAAAGACUCGGAUAAACUAUCCUAAUUGGCAAAGAGAUGUUAAAGACAUACGUAACUUCAGUGGUUUUGGUUAUAGCUUUGGGAUUGACGACAAUCACCUCUGCUAGAUAUUUACAGGAUACAGACGACAGAGAUAAACGACAAAUUGGUGACUUACGCACAGCCGAGUAUCUUGCUCGUAUCACGCUUGAUAAAAACAAAUUGCUACGCUAUCUUCAAAUGCCAUCACAUUGCGCUGAUAUUGCUUGCGGUCUAGUUGACGUUUUUGAAAGUAUGGUGAAGCGGACAAUGUCGGAUCAGAGGAUCGCCGAAAUCCAGGCUCUUAUUGCCCUCAACAGAGGCCUAGGUGUACCAGUAGGUCACGGACUAUUUGACCCGAAUUAUAUCGGCAAGCGCAAGAAAAGAUCUCUGGACUCGGUGUUUAAUGGCCUAAGUGAUGAGCAGAAAUACAGAUUAUCAAACAUUUUACUUUCUUCUGCAAGAGAUGACCAAUAUUCAUAACGACGGGGUCUUAGAGAUUCAACGGCGUUCGUCUCCGUCCUGUCAUAAACUACAUUUUUAAGAAAAUUCACUAAAAACUCUAAAACAAGUUCUGACAAUUAUUUUGAGAUCAUGUGACCUGGAGCUGACAAUAAUGUACGUGUUCUUAGACGACAAUCAACAAUAUCGACACAGCUAUGAUCAUAGAAGAGCUACACUUUCAUCAAUGCAAUAUAAUUUAAAGAAACUCUAUGAUGGAUAAAACAUCUCUUAACGAAAUGUACAUGUAUGUUAAAAGAAGAGCUAAGGGGACAAACAUUGACAAGACCAAAAAUCAAAUUAGAUUGUGAAUGCUUCACAAAAAUGUCAAUUUAAUUAUAUCGAUGUAUAUUUUUAUCUUAUUAUUAUUUAAUACCAUGUAAUCGCUUUAUCUUAAAUUAUUUAUUACUUUUAUGGUAUAUCUGAAUUUUGGAAUAGUGUGAAGACAACAGUAAAAUAAACAAAUUGAAAAAAA